AUGGUUUCACUUGAAGAUUCUCAUUCUCACUCUCAUAGUCACAACAGUAUCUCUAGUAUUUCCCAUUCCAGCCAAACACGUCCUUAUUACUACACUCCACCACCUUCUUCAGCCAAAAUCAACCGUUCAAUGGGUCGCUCCAUGAGAACUAUACGAUCAACUAUAUUUGGAACAACCGACUCCAUUUCCGAACAUUCAAGCACCAUUUCCGAGAACUUAACCGAUUCCGUCAUCGAUAUUCGCCUCAACGAACUCGCAAAAAUUAAUCAUCCUCAAACUACUCACAACAGAAAAACAUCCUCUCCCUUCAGCAACAACAACAACGAAGAAGAACAAGAACAAGAACAAGAAGAUAUCUCAACCUUUCUAGAACUUUCUCAAGCUUUCAGUGACUUCUCAUCAGCUUGUAGCAGUGAUAUAUCCGGUGAGCUCCACCGCCUCGCUAAUGUCCCGGAUCCGGGUCUGACCCGACCCGAACCCGGACCGCCCGAACCGGAACCGUGUUACGGGUUUCUUGAAAGAGACAAGUUCUCUACGGAGAUAAUAGAGAGUAUUUCCCCUGAGGAUCUUCAACCGACGGUGAAACUCUGUGUUGACAGCUUACUGUCUCCAUCCUUAGCGGUUAAAAGAUCUGCGACAGCAAAGUUGAGAUUAUUAGCGAAGAAUCGAGCUGAUAAUCGCGCGUUGAUAGGCGAAUCCGGUGCGAUUAAUGCACUAAUACCGCUACUCAGGUGUACUGAUCCGUGGACGCAAGAACAUGCUGUAACGGGUCUUUUGAAUUUAUCUCUACACGAGCCAAACAAGGCGUUGAUAACGAGCGAUACUGGAGCUAUAAAGUCGUUGAUUUAUGUGUUGAAAACGGGUACUGAUACGUCGAAACAGAAUGCUGCUUGUGCGUUGUUAAGUUUAGCUUUGGUUGAUGAUCAGAAUAAGCUUUCGAUUGGUGCUUGUGGUGCUAUUCCACCAUUGGUUUGUUUGCUUAUAAAUGGAACGAAUAGAGGGAAAAAAGAUGCUUUAACUACACUUUACAAGCUUUGUUCAGUUAAAUUGAAUAAAGAAAGAGCUAUUAGUGCUGGUGCAGUGAAACCACUUGUUGGGCUUGUUGGUGAACAAGGGAAUGGAUUAGCAGAAAAGGCUAUGGUGGUUUUGAGUAUUUUGUGUGGGAUUGAUUUAGGGAAAGAAGCUAUUGUUGAAGAAGGUGGAAUUGCUGCACUUGUUGAAGCUAUUGAAGAUAGUUCUGUUAAAGGAAAGGAAUUUGCUGUCUUGACACUUUUACAACUUUGUGUUGAUAGUGUUAGAAAUAGAGGACUUCUUGUUAGGGAAGGUGGAAUUCCUCCUCUUGUUGCCUUGUCACAGAAUGGAACUGCUAAAGCUAAGCACAAGGUGAGUUUUUUGUUGAAAUUUUUGAAAAAACAAAUCUUGGUCAAUUAUUAGCACUUUGUUGUAGUA